AUGAGCGUGAUCACAUCCGUUGGCGAUACACCUGUCGCACAGUCUAACCGCCGCACUCCAGCGUACUGUGUCAGUGCCUGCACUCACAUCAGAAUGGAGCGCCUCUACGGAAGCUGGGCAUGCGAUACAUGCCGUCAUCACUCGCCCUACGGCUGGCUCUAUUACUGUACUUCAGAUACCCCUGAAGUGGGAGACUACUCUUUUGUCAAAUCACUGAAGCAUCCCAUCACACCUGCUGGAGAGGAGCUUCGUCAAAAGGGUCUGAGCGAGUCUCACAUCAAACAGUUUGAGCAAGGUGGCUACACGAACGACCAAUUGCAACUCAUCAUUCGCCAGAAGCAACACGUGCAACAUAUCAUCGAGGGAACGACCGCACUCUCACGUGGGCUGGACGAGGAAAGCCUCGACCCCUUGGCUCGCCCAUCAGCUAGCGUGCCAGAUGAUGUUCGCUGCGAGUUCAAGGUCUGUCAACGAUGUCGCCCUAUGCACAAAGAGCGUUGCUGGAUGUCAUUCGAAGCCGUCUUUGAGGAUGAGGUCAGACCCAUCGACAAGUAUGAGCUGACUGGAGGCCUUCCCGUCAAGGACGCAAACUACAUGAUGCUGCUCGGUCUGCAUCCUCCCGUUACUGUUGUCUCUCCUCAUCGCUGGGCCGAAUCGCCCUACGAAUCGCCUACCCAUUCUCCAUCAUCGGGCUACACGAGCGACGGCUUCUCUACCGAUGAGGACUACGAUAACGAGAGCUGUGGCGAUGCCUUCUCAACCUGUACACAAGAAGGCGAAGACAACUACUCGCAACGCGUCGGAAACGAUAUGGCCUUCAUCACCCUCAGAGAACCUCGCCAUGCGCAGACACCCCGUUCCACAAUCAGACUGGUCCCCUCCGCAUCACCUCCACGCCGUCGCCCAUCCAUGAUUGACGACGAGUCGCCUUCUCAUUCGCACACUACAAGCUCUUCCAUCAGUCUUCCUACAAUCCCCACCACUACAUCCUACAGUCCUCUGCCUGGAUGCGACCAAGACAUUCAGGGUCUCAGGGCACAGCACUCGCACAAGGCCAUGACUGACCCCGAGUUCUAUUCUGGCCAUCCGCUCGAUAUGGCGUCUUCCCUUUCCAUGUCAAGCGAGUCCAGCUUCGGCUCAGAAGUUGCAGUUGAAGGCGGUUUUGCUUUGACUGAGGAGGCCAUGGACACCCACACUCCUGACUUGUUCACCACCAGAGUCUAG